ACUAUUCUUAUAGUUUUAUAAAAGUUUGGCAUGAUGAGUUUCCUCGAAUGGAAAAAUGUUGAAAUUUUUGAUUUAGUUGCUUUGCCAUCCAUACAAUUAAAUGUUCAAAACACGGAAAUUGCAGCGCAUUGCUGCAAUUUAAUUAAAUCUGCAAAUGGAAAACCAAACAUCAAAUUUGUAUUGUGUUCUAAAAGUGGAAUGGUUUAUGUUUUGAUGGAAAAUGGAGUUAAAUCCCGGCAGAUAAGUUUAAAGUGCCCUGACGGCCAUCAACCGAUCAAAUUAUGCUGUAUAACAACCACCAAUAUACUUGCUGUACUUUCGCAAAAUGAUAAUUACGCUCUAUGCAUUUGUAUAUAUGAUUUAAACCAGACGAAAAAGGAGGAACAUCCACCAUGUUUAUCAACCAUAAAUUUGUCAGCUACAAGUAUUGCAACCGUUUUAGAGAUCUCUUUCAGUGGCCUCGAAAAAUUAUUUGCUUUAGGUGUCGGGUUUGAAAAAGGUGAUAUACUGCUAUAUUUUGGGAGUAUCAAUCGGGAUCUGUCCUUGAAUAUGCGCAGGCACACUAUUGCCUCAAGCCCGAUAAAUGGAAUUCAAUUUGCAAUUUGUGAUCAACAAAAUGAAAUGAAAGCUUGCAAUGUGUUUGUUACAAGUGUGGAUGUAAUAUAUUGUAUACAAUUAAAUGAUAAAAAUAUAAUCGAUUCCAAAAUGGUUCUUGACAGCAAUCACAAUAUGGCUAAUCAGUGUUGCACUUUAUCUCAACCAGCUGUUUCAGAUUCAUUUCUAGUUGUUGGUCGUGAUGACGCCAUCUACUGUUUUAGACGCGAUUGUCGGGGACCAUGUUAUGCAUUUGAAGGACAUAAGCAAUUUCUUUCAUGGAUUGACAAUUAUCUUCUUGUUGUAGUUAAAACUAAUUUUGGAUCAGCCAUUACAGUCGUUGAUAUUGAUAACAAGUUAAUUUUAUUACACAAGCGAAUAUCCACUGUGAUUGACUGUGUAAGUUCCAAUAAGGUCUACUAUUUUAUCACCAAAGAUGACAAUUCAAAGAAUGUAUGUAAAUUUAAUGUCCAUGAGUUAAAAGAGUAUCCGACAAAUAUUAAAGUUAAAACUCUUAUUGCAAAGUGUAUGCAUAAUAACGCACUAAUGAUGUUGAAAAAAGACGAAAGUCAGCAUCAAUAUAAUAAUAUGGCAUAUUUACGUUUAAAAUACGGUAAUAAUUUAUUACUCAAAGGUUUCUAUGCUAGAGCAGUUACUGAGUAUGCUCAAACCAUCGGAAUUUUUAAACCUUACCAAAUUAUUUCAAAACUAUUAAGUUCAAGACACAAUGAUAAUUUAAUACAGUAUGUAAAUAAAUUAUUAGAAAGUAAAAUCAGUACAUUUGAUCAUCAAAAAUUACUCGACAUUUGCUCUGAUCGGCAAAGGCUACGUUCGAGGAUUAGAAAAUUAUGGAUUAUUAGAAAUGAUACUACCCACAUUAUUGAUUUUAAACAGAUUUCAAAUAGAAGUAUCAAUUUAUCAGAUGUUAAUUAUACAGUGAAUAAUUUUCAAGGAGUCGACUUUCAUAAUGCUGACGAAGAAGAUAUUUUUAAUUUUUUCCUUGAGUAUGGACGUGAAGUUUUAUUGGUCGAUUCCACUAUUGUUUUAAAUACUUUGAAAUCUUUGGUAAAAAGCCAUAAAAUAAAAAACAUACUUCGUUUUUUAAUGAUAUUUCCAGAUUAUUCAGAACUUAACGUAAAUUUAUUAUCGUACUAUAUAGAAAACUAUUCACCUGGCGAUGAAAAAUUACUCUAUUAUUUAUUUAGCCUUUAUUUGGGUUUAUGGCAAGAAAAUAAAAUCUCAGUUGAGGAUAUAACUAAUUUAGUAAAAAAAAUGCCAAUUAGAUUUGAGAAGAUAUUAACACUUUCAAAGACCUAUUUAUUUGCCAUUGGAAUUGAAAAUUUUAAAACUAGUGAGGAAUCUGAAAAUAUUUCUGAAGAUGAUAAAAGCUUUCUUCAAUGCUUAGAUCAACACAUAAAGAAGAACCCGAAUCUUGCGUCAUUGUUGACAGUCGGUCCACGGUCAUUGCUCACGAUAUUGCAAAAAGUGUGUGCUGGAUCCGAUAUAAAAAUAAAAGAUUGUAAACCGUUUUUAAGUGAAAAAUUCAUGAAAAACAUAAUGGAUGCAAAAUGUGAGCUUGGCUCCAUUGGAGAUCUUAACUACGAAAUAGCAAUCCAUAACUCACUGGAAUCACAUUAUAAAUUGAAUCCAAUAGAAUUUCGUAACAAGUAUUGCGAUGUCUGCCGGCAAUCCUUACAUAUGCCAUCGAUUUAUUACCUUUGUCAGCAUUCAUUCCAUAAAGAUUGUGUACGCACUAAUUAUGACACAAAAAACUACGAUGAUGUCGGAUGUGGGUUGUGUGGUACCGUCUUAGAAUACCCUAAAUUAGAUGAUGAACAACUUGAUUUAAUCACUAAGUCCUGUGAUAUAAUGAAGGGGGUUUCAAAUAUUUUCGCAACUGGAAUUCAUAGCUUAUAAAAAUAGAAUGAGUGUUAUAAAAAAAAGAAGCUUGUGUCGCCUAUAAUAAAACAUCGGAAUUUUCAAAAAAUCCAUUUGAUGAAAAUUAUGAUUCU